AUGACGGAGCAAACAAUAUGGGGUCAUUUGCCGGUGCUGAUGAGGGCAAAUUCCAAAGAAUCUAUCGAAGACAUUCUUCAAGCCCUUUGGAGAACUCAAAAGAGUGGUCUUGACACUUCUGAUCGAUGCAUCAUCCAAGACAUGCUUCAACUACACAAUGAAUCUGAUCUCGACCCACUUCUGGUUUGCCUCCGAAUGUUAAUUAGGAGGUGUGUUUAUGAGAAUACUUCAAAGGAGGAUAUUCCAAAGCUGUUUCCGGAUGAAGUUCUGCCUGAAUUGCAAAAACUGUUGACACUUCUGUUGCAGAAGUUUCAGCUCGAGUGGCAAGAAGAUGUGAUGAAAGAUCAAAAUAUUGUGCCUAGAUUAAAGGCGAUGACAUGGAAUAUGACAAAUCUGGAGAAAGGAUCAGCAGACCCUGCAGAGGUUAUUGAUUUGAAGCUUCAAAAUGUUGGUCCAUUUCAGUCGGGAGUUCAAGAUGUAAAGUUCCAGUUGGCUAUAGAUUCUAUAGAUAUGAUGCUGAAAACCAUGCACUGUAUUAGAGACCAGUUUUCUACCAUGGAUGAGGCACUAAAUGGGCAUUAGCACCAGUAAACUGAAGGAGUUUCUUAGAACUUGUUUUUACAAGGAAUGGUAUGUUUGAC